UGAGAGAAGCAAGGAAAUUAGGACGGGAAAAACAUGAAGCCCAGUGUCAGUGACGAUAACAUCCCUAGUAGCAGACUUGAGGUUCUAAACUCUCACUUUUCUUCCGUUCCUGCCAUGGCUUCUGAGAAGGAAGCUGCCCUUGCAGCUGUUCCAUCUGAUUCUCCGACCAUAUUCGAUAAAAUCAUAAAUAAGGAAAUCCCUUCUACUGUGGUUUAUGAAGAUGAUAAGGUUCUUGCAUUCAGAGACAUUGCUGCACAAGCUCCCACACACAUCCUAAUUAUCCCUAAAGUUAAGGAUGGGUUAACAGGUCUCUCAAAGGCUGAGGAGAGGCACUGUGAGAUUCUUGGUUACCUUCUUUAUACUGCCAAGCGUGUUGCUAAACAGGAAGGCCUUGAUGAUGGCUUCAGGAUUGUCAUCAAUGAUGGACCCAAAGGAUGUCAAUCCGUCUAUCACAUUCAUGUUCACCUUCUUGGGGGACGGCAAAUGAACUGGCCACCUGGCUAAUGUGUUCCACUCAGGAAGGGAAGAUAAGUUCUGCAUAUAAAGAAGCUUGAACGUUUCCCUCUGCCCAUGCUUGUCUGGACAGUAAUAAACUGUAGAUUAUGGCCA